UUCUCCUUCUCCCAUUUCAUUGGCACACCACACCUACAACAUAGAAGAAGAUAUAAUUUGCCUCCGUUUACAACACAACCUCACAACCAAGUACAUAAAUUUAACCAAUUUGGCCCUAAACUUAAUUUAGGGUUUCAGUAUUUUCUCUACGAACAAUCAUCACUCCCAUUCUCAGUAGUCGACCGACUGUUUCGGUUGUUGCAGUUGAAGGUAAAUCGGUAGCCAUGACUGUCCAAGCUUCUUCCUCCUUCACCGUUGGCAUUCCCUCCUUUCCUGUCCGUACCGCUCGUUCUCGUCAUAGCUUUGUAAUUCGAGCCAAAGUGGAACCAUCAGAGAAGUCUGUUGAGCUAAUGAGGAAGUUCUCAGAGCAAUAUGCUCGGAGGUCUGGAACAUACUUCUGUGUUGAUAAAGGAGUCACUUCUGUUGUUAUCAAGGGAUUGGCAGAUCAUAAAGAUCAAUUGGGUGCACCUCUUUGCCCUUGUCGGCAUUAUGAUGACAAAGCUGCUGAGGUGGGACAAGGUUUUUGGAACUGUCCUUGUGUUCCUAUGAGAGAGAGGAAGGAAUGCCAUUGCAUGCUAUUUCUCACUUCCGACAAUGACUUUGCCGGGCAGGAACAGGCCAUUACAUUGGAAGAGAUCAAAGAAUCAACAGCUAAUAUGUAACUGGCAAAUAUUUUAACUGUCACUGGCUAAAGAAAUUCAUGAUCUGUAUGUAUAUCUCAUAAAACCAAAUCUAAAAACGAAUGAAUUUUCAUUCUCUGCCUCA